CCAGCCUCCCGAGAGACUCUCUCGAGCUACACUACUAUCUCGUUAAGCUUACGGGUGCUUAACAAACCGUUACAACUUGAGAGUUCGAGUCACACGAACCUCAACGAAUCCUUCAAAGGAAACAGACCUUCCUUUGAAUCAACCAAGAGAGAUACUAUCUCUCAACGUGUCUAAGAACACGAGUACACUCAAGAACAAUACUCUCUUUAAGAAUGGAUAAUGAGUAAACUAAUAACGCUCAAGAACACAGCACAAAGCUUCACAAAAAUGGCUCUCAAAAGCUAUGAAAAAUUGAAGGAUGAUUUGCAAUGAAAGAGUAGGAGUUGUGAAGAGCAAAACUAGGAAGGUUGUACCCCCCAACCAUCCCUUAUGAAGCUCAUUUUUUGGAAUGCCUGUCAGGCUAAUAUUCCUCAAGAGGAAACAUAAUCUUCAGUUCCUUUGUGUUAUUGAACCCAUUACCUCCAACAGCCAACUUGACUGUUUCAGACUACAUCUUUGCUUUUCAAAUGCUAUUUGCUCCUCUAAUAAUAAGAGAUGGAUUUUCUGGAGCAAUGAACACCUUAUCCUUUCCUCUUACCAUGAUGAAAACCAAAUCACUCACUGCCAUUUCACCCACACAGCCACCAACUCAACUAUCAUUAUAUCCUCAGUUUAUGGUGCCCACUCUAUAGCUGACAGGAGAGAACUUUGGAGCAAUCUUCAGAAUUACAGCAAGCUCAACCACCAAUGGAUGAUUGGGGGAGACUUCAACACCAUUGCAUCCCUUACUGAAUUCAAAGGAAAAUGCAUCCCAAGCACUCAAGGUAUGGAAGAUUUUUCAGAAUGCAUCUCAAACUGUAACUUGAUCACUCUGGAACCAAAAGGUGGUUUGUUCACUUGGUCUGGGACUAGAAGCCAAGGAAGGACUUGGAGGAGACUAGACAGAAUCCUAACUAAUCUUUGUCUUCUAGCUUAUUAUGAUGAAGUCUCCCUAAAGCACCUGUCCAAAUUCAACUCAGAUCAUAAACCCCUUUUGGUACACUGUAGUAAGACCACUCCUACUGGACCAAGGCCUUUAAGAUUCCUUAAUGCCUGGACCCUGCACGACACCUUCCAUUCCAUGGUUCAAAAGACUUGGGAUAAUAUGCCCACCAUAGGAGGAAUGAGAGGUUUGGCAAAUAAACUCUCUAGCCUCAAAGCAGCCCUCAAAACCUGGAACAAGGAAACUUUUGGAGACAUUUUCUCCCAACUUCAACAAGCAGAAGAUAAAGCCUUGGAAGCGGAAAAGGAGUUUGAGAUUAAUCCUUCACAAGAAAAUAGAGAAAUAAUGCAGAAAGCCAAUGCAGCCUUGAUUUAUUCCACAAAUCUGGAGGUCCAAUAUUGGAAGCAAAAAGCAAACAUCAGAUGGCUGGAAAAGGGAGACUCUAACUCCAAACUCUUUCAGGCAUAUGUUAAAGGAAAGAGAAAGCAACUCUCUAUAUCUCAUAUUAUUAAACCAAAUGGAGUAGGCACUAGCAACCCCUCAAAGAUCAAGACAGAAGCCAUCUCCUUCUUUGAAAACAGCUUCAAGCAGUCCCAACCACCCUCCUUUGAACCAAUCCUUCCUCUCAUCCCCAUGAUCAUAUCCUCAGAAGAUAACCUCAGAAUCUGUACCAUCCCCUCCCUGGAUGAAGUUAAACAGGCUGUUUGGGAUUUAGAUGGCAAUAGUGCAAGUGGACCUGAUGGAUUCAAUGGAAACUUCUUCAAAGCAACCUGGGAAACUAUCAAACAGGAUGUUCUCACUGCCUCACAAGAAUUCUUCAUGGGGCAACCUAUUCCAAGAGCCUAUGGAAGCACCUUUUUGACCCUCAUCCCUAAAACUGACAACCCAAAGAGAUUUGAAGAUUAUAGGCCAAUUUCUCUCUCCACUUUCAUGAGCAAAAUAAAUACCAAACUGCUUGCAAACAGACUCAAUACAAUUCUGCCCAAACUUAUCUCUAAGGAACAAGCAGCUUUUCAAAAAGGUAAAUCCAUAGAUGACCAUGUCCUCAUGGCACAAGAAGCUGUCCAUCUCCUUGACAAAAAGGUGUUUGGGGGGUUCGCACUCAUGGAUUCAAGUAUUAAGGUAUUGCUGCGCGUUGAUGGAUCGUGGGACAAUCUUGGAAAUUUCACUUCGAAAUACGACACUGUUAUUCAUGUCCGUAGCGAACCCUCUCUAAAAACACUCAUGGACACUGUCAAGGCAGACAUUUCAAUGGAUUGGUCUCAAAAUGACAUUCGGUUCCCCUACAUGGUUGCCUUAUGUCCCCCACCUAUCGUCAUUGUGGACGACGCUGAACUUUUGUUCUAUCUGAAGUUGACGUCCCACCAAUCCGACUUGUCAUAUCUGCCAUUAUGCAUGGAGGUUUUGCCUACUGCCACAGCUACUCAUCUGAGUGCCCAAGCCAAUCACUCGAACGAACGAAGCGAACUAACCGAAUGCCAGUACCCACAGUUACUCACACCAAAUGAAUUCUCAAAUGCCGAUUCUGAUCCCUCAAACAAUUCCAAGGGAACCAACCGAACUAAACGGAGGAGACUCCCCUCAAAUUCGGUGGACGUUAUUUCACAUUAUCACCCAACCACUCUUCAAAUUGACAGCAUUUACAAGUCCAAGGAAGACUUGUGCCAUCAUCUCAGAAUGUAUGCGGUGUCUAAUAAUUUCCAGUACAAGACAAAGAGGUCAAAUACGACAUUGUUGCACGUUGUUUGCGUUGACGACCAGUGUCCUUGGGUAGUUCGUGCCGUUCGUCUAGAAAACUCUCCCUUAUUUCAGAUACGAAGGUUUGAUCCAUAUCAUUCGUGCCCUGUUGAUUUCCGGGAAGGUGAUCACAGACAAGCGACGUCAGCAUUCUUGGCCGAUCUAGUCCUCCAUCGGUAUGUCGACGCAACCCGAAAACAGUACCCCCCCAAUGACAUACGCGACGACAUGCGAAGGGAGUUUGGCAUUGCAAUGUCAUAUAGGAAAGCACUACUCGUGAAACAGAGGGCAUUGAACAAGUUGCAUGAUAUGUAUAUUGUGUCUGACCGCCACGAGGGAAUCAUUCAUGCAGUUCAGAACGUAUUCCCGAAUGUAGGUCAUGGUUUUUGUACAGAACACAUUGCCCGAAACCUUCGUGUCAAAUUCAAAGGUCCUAAAGAAGACCUGACCUGGAAGUUUAGGAAAGCAUCACGUGCAGCCACUGAGGCAGAGUGCGAGGAGUAUCUUCAAAUGUUGGAUGAACAAGACCAUAGAAUACGUGCAUACCUAUCCAACAUAGGUCAGCCGCGAUGGGCACGUUGUAAAAGUGGGCCAUACCGGUACUCCGUAAUGACUUCAAACGCUGCAGAAUCAAUGAACAAUGUCAACAACUCGGCACGCGAAUACCCCAUUUGCAAGCUAGUCGAUUUCAUUCGCGAAAGGAUGCAGAAAUGGUUUCAUGAACAGUUUGAAACAGCUUCAUCUACCACAACCAUUCUACCAAGGAAGCUCGAGUCGGACCUAAUUACACUACAACGUGAGGCAUUCAGGAUGAAGGUUAAGCCAGCUUCCCCAUACAAGUUUGAGGUUGUUGACAGGUGGUCCCGGGCUUACAUUGUUAACCUCAGAGACAAGUCGUGUAUAUCUGGUGAUUUUCAAUUGGACCAUUUUGUAUGUGUCCACGCCGUAGCAGCAAUUGGAUCUCGUCCAGGCCUGUCAUGUUACAAUUUCAUCUCAACUUACUACAAACGUGAAUCAUUGGUAGCCACCUACAGCGGUAUUGUGCACCCAAUAGGCAACCAAUCUACCUGGUACAUCCCUCCACCUGUCAAAGCCCUUGUUUGCAAGCCCCCAUCAUGCAACAAACGCCCACCUGGGAGGCCAAAGAAACGGAGGUUGCCAUCCGUUGGUGAAUUCCACUUGGGCAAAGGUUGGAAAAAACAAAAGUGCACCAGGUGCUUGAAGAUGGGACACAAUAUAAAAACAUGCAAAAAUCCAAUACCAACAUGACAAUGGCUGUUUUUUUUUGUUUUGCAUGGAUGCCUUGAAUGCCAAAUUUCCUUCCACUACCCAUAACAUAAAUAGAACAUUAUUUAAAUUACCAUGAAUGAGUACACAAUUUUGUUUCUUGGUUCCAUUGUGUUUUAUUUCCCUAACCGGUACAAUAAAUAGGUUUGGUUUGA